CCGUUAAACCUCAGAAGAACAACACAUACGUGGUAGCAAUAGGCUAUUCCAAGACAGACCAAACCUUGAUGAAGAAGAAUUGUUUGUGCUAUGGACAAACAUUAAAAAUAAAUUACGUGUGACCCUUGCAAUGAGAAGAGCAAAGCAUGUCACGGAAGCUGUUCUAUGCUGUGUGAUUCUACUCGCCAUCCACAGGAGUUCAGAAAGUAUACGGGUGAUUGGAGGAAGCAGGACUGUGGUACAGGGAGAGGACGUGGACUUAUCCUGCAGACUGCUAGAGACAGAUGAGGAGCUUGAACAGAUAACAUGGCAGAAAAAGACUCUGGAAGAACCAGAGAACCAUAAUUUCUUGCUUAUUUAUCCCAGUGGGGUUACUGACUUUAUUUCAUCGAAUGGAUUGGAAAAUAGAGUCCAGUUUUUUGGGAACCUGACAGAAAACAUUGGUUCUAUUCGAAUAACAGCUGCCAGACUGUUGGAUGAAGGCACCUUCACAUGCGUCUUCAGUCUUUUCCCAAGUGGAGUAUACAGUAUAGAGAUACCUCUUACUGUGCUAGUACCUCCAGUGAUGAGUGUUACAGUCGAUGUCCCUCCUGUCGUUGGAGAGAAUGAGGUUUUCUUGGCAUCCUGUUUGGCUGCUGGUGCCAAGCCACGGGCAGAAGUGAGGUGGAACACGGAUGCAUUCGGCAGUUUGGUGAGGACGGUGACCAACUCCACCCAGCACGCCAACGGCACCACCACGGUAGUCAGCCACCUGCUCGGGGUGCCAACCAGAGCAGCCAAUCAGCAGCAGGUUCAGUGUGUGGUCAACCAGUCUGCCCUGGCAACAGAGAGGACCCUGGCCUACACAAUCAACAUCAACUAUCCACCUCAGACAGUGAACAUUACUCUUAGUGAGGCUUCCCCAGCCACAGUGUUCCUAUGUGUAGCAGACAGCAACCCAAAAGCCAUCUACACCUGGACCAGAAAUCUCCUGUUCUCCACCGUAUGCACUUCCUUCCUUUUGUACUUCUACAUGGACUACUACUCUACAACCUACCGUACUAGUACACAAGCACGCCAAUUUAUCCAUAGACACACACACACGCUACGGCCACACGGCCACCACGGCUGGGCUUUCACUCCCCCGCCUUACGGGUCUAGCAGGGAGUCAACCCCACUCUGGAUUUACCCUCAGCAGGACCACCCUGUUUGGGACUUACCCUUCCAAGGACCUACCCUCCGCAGGGACCACCCUGUUCGGGACUUACUCUAAAUCUACGACCAGUCAUAACACAAUGGGCUUACUGAAUAAAAAAAAAUAACGGAAUGGAGCUUAGCACAGGCAAAAUUCAAGAGGAAGACCUGGUUCAAUUUGCUUUCCACCAGAUACUAGGAGAUGAAUUCCCCUUUCAGCAGGAUAAUAAGCUUAAACACAAGGGUAAAUCUACACUGGAGUUUAUUACCAAGAAGAUUGUAAAUAUUCCUGAGUGGCCGAGUUAGUUUUGACAUAAAAUCUACUUUCAAUCUAUGGCAAGACCUGAACAUGGUUGUGUAGCAAUGAUCAGCAACCGAUUUGAAAGACCUUGAAGAAUAAUGGGCAAAUGUUGCAGAAUCCAGGUGUGGAAAGGUCUUAGAGACUUGCCCAGAAAGAAUCACAGCUGUAGUCCUUGCCAAAUGUGCUUCUACAAAGUAUUGACUGAGAUUUCUCUGUUUCCUUUUCAAUAAAUGUGCAAAAAAUUCCCCAAACAUGUUUUCACUUUGUAGUUAUGGGGGUAUGUAGAUGGGUGAAAAAAAAUAUUGAAUCUAUUUUGAAUUCGGGCUGUAACACAACAAAUGUGGAAUAAAUCAAGCGGUAUGAACACUUUCUGAAGGCUCUGUAAUAAUAAAAGGCAUUGGCAAAUCAGCCUUCAUGGUCCUCUUCCUCAACAUUCUAAUCUGCUAUGAGCCUGACCUCAUCAGAGCUGUCAGCGGCCGCCUCCUAGGGACUGCAGUAGGCAAGCGUACCCGCCUUUUUCUCUCUCCAUCUCUACCUCUACAAAAUAUAUAACAUUAUACUGUAUACUGUAAAUAGUUUCCUUGUUUCAUAAAUCCAUAACACAUUACUAUAAAAACUUUUUGUGUCACUAAAGGGCUGUAGACUAACCAGAAUGAUUUACAGCAAACAAUUUCACACUUGUCUAGAUAGGUUCAUCCUUCACAUGGAUGUGUGGUGGGUGAUCAUGAUGGAUAAGUCAUCGGCUGAACAUGGACAGUGAUAGUGGAACAAACACAAAAUAUGACACCCUAUCUAACUAAAUUAGGAUUUAGUCAUUUUAGUCAUCUAGCUAGCGAACUACCUAAGUACAAUAACAGUACAAUAGUAGAAAAACCAUAUCAGAAAACCUGAUGGACUGAAGUUGGAGCAUAGCUAGACAUCUUUUACAUGGUAGCUAGCUAUAUUCAGAGAUUUUUUUCUACAGUAUUCACAACAUAUUGACACAAUUACAAUAUUUUAUAGAAUAACAUUUCAUUAAUUACAUGUGGAGAAAAAAAAAUGUGUGUGAACAUUAGCAAGCCAGCAGCAGAUGACAGAAUGUGAAUUCUCUCCUCGCCUUCCCUCUCCCCGCUGUUAGCUUUCAGCUAUCAUUGUCUAACUGGCUAGGUUUAGGAUAUUUACUAGCCAAAACCAGUGACAAACUCAACUAUGCUAUCGACAUAUGGCAGUACAUAACUUGCUUAUUUUGCCAGCUAGAAAGAAAUGGCCACACAUUCGUUCAGAAACAGAGGGAGAGGAUAGAUAGUUAGCUAGAGCAAUAGCUGUCGCUACCUGUUGCCUCCUCAAGCAGCAUUGCAACUAACAUUAUUCAGCGCUGCAAAUACAGACCUUUUUAACAAAAUUAUUUAGUCUUUCAAGUGACAUUAUUGAUAAAACAUUUUCAUAACCAAUUUGACAACUUUCUUACCUCAACUGAUCCACCAGGUUUCCAUUUUGAAGCUAUCACCUACUGGGGCAGUUAGGCUAAUGGAGGAUUUGCUCAGUGACUUUUCAUUGUCAAGUGUAAAUGGCAGUUUUCAGAAAUAAAAUCUGUGAUUGGACCGUAGUGUUGUUAAGGCUUUAAACAAUCAAACUUUAUUCUGAAAUUAGAACACUCUGGCUGGAAAGGGUUUUAAGCAUGAACUUCCUAGUGACCAACUGUCAUUAAGUUACAGGAAAUGCAUAGUAAACCCUCUUAACAGUGCAGCUCUUGAUUGUCACAAGAGCUUGCAAAGAUUGUAGAACUGGGAGUGGAUAUAUGAGAUCCUCAACCUUUAUCAACAAAGCUAUAAAACCACUUAAUUUGGUACAACACUUCCACUAACGGUUGGCACAAAUGGAACAGAUUUGUUGCCCCGAAAUAUGAAAAUAAGCCCAUUGCCCCCAUCAACAUUUCAAACUACAGUGAAUGUAAGGUAAACAAGUCAUUUUCAAAAAUAACACCUGAUUUCAACUGUAAAAAUACAAUAUUUAAGCCUCCCGGGUGGCGCAGUGGUCUAGGGCACUGCAUCGCAGUGCUAACUGCGCCACCAGAGUCUCUGGGUUCGCGCCCAGGCUCUGUCGCAGCCGGCCGCGACCGGGAGGUCCGUGGGGCAACGCACAAUUGGCAUAGCGUCGUCCGGGUUAGGGAGGGUUUGGCCGGUAGGGAUAUCCUUGUCUCAUCGCGCUCCAGCGACUCCUGUGGCGGGCCGGGCGCAGUGCGCGCUAACCAAGGGGGCCAGGUACACGGUGUUUCCUCCAACACAUUGGUGCGCCUGGCUUCCGGGUUGGAGGCGCGCUGUGUUAAGAAGCAGUGCGGCUUGGUUGGGUUGUGCUUCGGAGGACGCAUGGCUUUCGACCUUCGUCUCUCCCGAGCCCGUACGGGAGUUGUAGCGAUGAGACAAGAUAGUAAUUACUAGCGAUUGGAUACCACGAAAAUUGGGGAGAAAAUGGGAUAAAAAUAAAUAUAUAUAUAUAUAUUUUUUUUUAAUACAAUAUUUUUACUGAAACUCAGUAGCUUGUAACUUUCUGUCCAAUUACAGGUAAUAUUUAAGUGUGUGCCAUUAGCACAUCUGAAGUAUCCUAUAAGUAUAACUGUAGAACCUGUCAUUUGUUCUACCUGAAACCAGAGGGUUCUUCAUGAGAGGGUUCUAAAUGGAGUUCAAAAGGGUUCCCCUACCUACAGGUACAAAACAAAGGGUUCUAUGUAGUGAUGUUAGGUUUGAUACCGAAGCUCUGAUGCAUGUGCCGAAAUCGCUAAGCAGCUAACUUCGAAGCAGUAUGCAAAUGCGUAUCACUUUAUCACAAGUACGCCAAUGACAUCCAAAGCUUAGUUUGAUCACGUGCUUUUUCAAAAUGCAAGAUCCCACUGAUUUUCGCAAUAGUUCCAGUGCUUUCAUCAAUUCCAAGCUGCUUUCAAACACCUACCUCUACUGGACACCUAACUUACAAAUAUUGUAAGGAUUUUGUACAUGUAGUUUCACCUGACCGGUAGUUUAGCAGGUAGAGUAGGGUACUAUGGAACAUUCAGGGUUGUAUGAGGUCGAAUCCCCUUGAAGGCACACUAUUUUGAAAAUUGUUCUAACCACACUGCACUGUUGUUCAAAUAUUUUGAUUUAUUUAUUAUAGUAUAAGCUUCUGUCUUAAGCAUCCUAAAUAAUGCCAUAUAUUCCGUAUAUUCCAUUCUGAAUGCAUAUUGUGGGUGAAUAAAAGUUAAUUAUUGGAUAUUGCCACUCAGACUGGAUUCCAAUAGGAAUAAGACAUCACUUUGCAAGCCAGAGUAAUGUGACUUGAUGCUGGUUUUUGCAGAUGACCAGUAUAUACUGGUACACUGCUGACCCGUAUUGAAAACACAACCAAGGCUGGUCACCAGUAAAAACACUACCAAGGCUGGUCAUGCGCCAAACGCAAUCUUCGCGCUCUCUCUCAUCUUCUAUCCUAUCAUCUCUCCCUUCUGCUAAAUCAUUCUCCCUCUUGUCCCCUGAUUCUGGCUCUUGGACCCUACUCUCCUCCCAUUCCGCAUCCUAUUGACUCACACUGUCCCCUUUCCUCCCGGCUGGCUCAGCCCUCCACUCCUGCUCCGUGGCUGAGGGACUCAUUGUGAGCUUACAGAACAGGGCUGUUGGCAGCUGUGCGGAAAUGGAAGAAAACUACAUUUCCAUGGGACCGAUCAUCCUUGCACUCCUCCCUACCUUUUCACUGCUUAAGCCACUUUCUAUCACUCUCAAUUUCAAACCUCUUAUUCCUCCACCCCCUCUGCGGACGACUUUAUCAACAACUUUUAAAACCACUUUGAAAAGAAAGUUGACGACAUCCGUUCCUCAUUCACUCAGCCUAUUGAGUCCACUGGUCCCACUCACACAAAAAUACCCUUGACCUCUUUCUCCCCUGUCUCUCCAGAGGAAAUCCUGCGACUAAUGAGGUAUAGCCGCCUGACAACCUGCCCGCUCGACCCCAUCUCCUACCUUCUCCAGACCAUCUCUGGACACCUUCUCCCAUUCCUGACCACUAGCUGCGUCCCUUCUGAAUUCAAUAUGUCCCAAGUCACUACCCUCCUUAAGAAACCAAUCCCUUGACCCCUCCUUAAUCCCCGUUAUUUUCUUUCCAAAACUUGAGCACAAUGUCUCUUACCAACUCUCUCGCUACCUCUCUCAGAACAAUCUUCUUGACCAUAACCAGUCAGGAUUCAAUACUCCGCCUCCCGAGUGGCGCAGUGGUCUAAGGCACUGCAUCGCAGUGCUAGCUGUGCCACUACAAAUUCUGGGUUUGAGUCCAGGCUCUGUCGCAGUCGGCCACGACCGUAAGACAAAUGGGAUGGUGCACCGUCCAGUUUAGGGGAGGGUUUGGCUGGCAGGGAUGUCCUUGUCCCAUCUCGCACUAGCAACUCCUAUGGCGGGCCGGGCGUUGUGCACGCUAAAACGGUCGCCAGAUGUACUGUGUUUCCUCCAACACAUUGGUGCGGCUGGCUUCCGGGUUAAGUGGGCAUUGUUAAGAAGCAGUGCGGCUUGGUUGGGUUGUGUUUCGGAGGACGUACAGCUCUCGACCUUCACCUCUCCCGAGUCCGUACGGGAGAGUUGCAGCGAUGAGACAAGCCUGUAACUAUCAAUUGGAUAUCAUGAAAUUUGGGAGAAAGGGGGUAAAAAGAAAAUAAAGGAUUCAAUACUGGUCACUAAACAGAAACUGUUCUUCUCUGUGUCACGGAGGCUCUCCGCACUGCCAAAGCUGACUCUCCUCAGGAACUGCCCCUCCCUACCUUCAGGCUAUGCUCAAACCCUACACCCCAACCAUACUACUCUGUUCUUCCACAUCCUGUUCUUUUGGCCCUCCCACCCUUACAGGAGGGCAGCUCCCGUUCAGGAUGAGAACAUCCUCAUAGAUCUUUCGACUGCCUUUGACACCCUCUCAGGGCUGGGUGCCUAGGGCUCUGCGUACAUUUGGAUUGCAUCCUACCUGGCAGGCCGCUUAUACCAGGUGGCAUAGAGAUGAUCUGUGUCUGCACCACAUACUCUCACUACUAGUGUCCCUCAGGGCUCGGUUCUAGGCCCUCUUCUCUCUAUACACCAAAUCACUCAGCUCCGUCAUAUCCUAACAUGGUCUCUCCUGUCAUUGCUAUGCGGCUGACACAUACUUUUUCCCUUCCCCUUCUGACACCCAGGUGGCGACACGCAUUUGGCAGAUAUCUCAGCUUGGAAUUUUGUCCCACCACCUCGACAAGACGGAGCUGAUCUUCCUCCAGGGGAAGGCCUGCCCGCUCCAAGACCUCUCCAUCACGAUUGACAACUCCACUUGUGUCCCCCUCCCAGAGUGCAAAGAACAUUGGCAUGAACCUGGAGAACACAAACACAACAUCGUUCUCUGCAAAUAUCAAAGCAGUGACUCGCACCUGAAUGUUCAUGCUCUACAACAUCCGUAGAGUAUGACUUUACCUCAUACAGGAAGCGGCGCAGGUCCUAAUCCAGGCACUUGUCAUCACCCGCCUGGACUACAGCAACUCGCUGUUGGCUGGCCUCCCUGCUUGUGCCAUCAAACUCCUGCAACUUAUCCAGAAGGCUGCAACCCACCUGGUGUUCAACCCGCUCCUCCGCACACUCCAUUGGCAGUCUAAGCUCGAAUCCACUACAAGACCAUGGUACUUAUCUAUGGAGCAGCAACAGAAACUCCCCCUCCCUACCUUCAGGCUAUGCUCAAGCCCUACACCCCAACCAUACCACUCUGUUCUUCCACAUCCUGUUCGUUUGGAUCUCCCACCCCUACAGGAGGGCAGCUCCCGUUCAUCCCAGUCCAAGCUCUUCUCUGUCAUGGCACCCCAGUGAUGGAACCAGCUUCCCUCUGAAGCCCAUCUUCCAAAAACAUCUGAAGCCCUACCUCUUCAAAGUGUAUUCUAAAUAAUCCCACAGCACCCCCACCCCACCUCCCAUUAACUCCAAAAAAUGUGUUUGAACUAACACUAGCACUUUCUUUUCCCCCCUUACUAGCUCUGUGUUUACUGAUAGCUACUUUAUUGAGGAAAAAUGUGCUUACUAUGACUGUGAUAUGUGAUUGUCCCACCUAGCUAUUUUAGGUUGAAUACACUAACUUGCUCUGAAUGAGAGCAUCUGCUAAAUGGCUAAAAUUUAAAUGUCACCAGCGAAAACAAAGGCGUUUUACUAGCUAAAACACAACGAAGGCUGCUCACCAGCCUAUGCUUGUCUGCUGUCUUUUUCAGCAGGGUCAGCCCUUCUCCUCACACUCUCUCUCUCUC